CCAGCAACAGGACCCGAGGAACCGGCCUGCACCUGUGUCAGGGGAGGCUUAGGCAGAGCUGGAGUCCAAGACUCUCGGGGUUUAGGAAAAGAUUUCUCCAAGAGUGCUCGGGCUCUGGAACAGGCUCCCCAGGGUAGGGGUCUCAGCUACAAGCCUCCGUCAGAGUUCAGUAAACGUCUGGACAGCGCACGUGUGUGGUUGUUGUGGGGUCCUGCACGGAGGCAGGGAUUGCACUCGCUCACCUGACGGGACCUUUCCAACUGGGGAAUUCGGACUGGUGCCUUCGCCUUGCAACGAGGUUUGUCCCUCCGCGGCCUCCCCCUUCUCGGCGCGCGCGCCCUCGGCCCCGGGCUUCCCUGUUGCCUUGGUGACGGCCGUUCCCACCAAUCGGCGGCGAGGGCGGGAAAGGCGGCGGCGGCCAUGAAGCGGCGGCGCGGGACGCAGCCGGGGCCGGAGCCGGAGCCAGAGCCAGAGCCGGAGCCGGGGCCGGGGCCGGAGCCGGAGCCGGGCUGCCUGCGAGCCUGGGCCGCCCACAGCCGCGCGCUUGUCGGGCGAUGGACGACGGCGCGGUGCGGCGGAGAGGCGCGGCAGGCGCGCCGGCAGCUGCGAGACGAGUGCCAGGAGCUGCUCCGGAGCAUCCGCGGGCUGCCACCUGCCCUCCCUGCCCUGCCUCUGGAACUCACUGUCCUCUACAACUCCCUGCUUUUCACUGUGGGAGCAUCUGACUCUGCCAUCAAAGGAGAAGCAGAAGGAAUACGCCAGGGGCUCCUCAGGGCUCUGGAGGCUUGUGGGGCCUGCGGACAGAAUCUUGGCACAGAGGAGCUGUGGGAGAAGGUGCUGCAGGAGGUAACCGUGGAGGAGCUGCAGGCACCUCUGCACCGCCUCGGGGUCCUGCAAGCAGCCUGGUGGCUGGCAGCCAGCCAGCUGGAAAGUGUUGCUGGUCUCUUCCAGCUCCUGAGAACUGCUGAGGACCUGGGAAGAGCUCACUGCAGUGAGGGGCAGAACGAGCUCCUCUCCAUGAUCAAGGCAUGGCGGGUCCCUCCUGAGGGGCCCUCCCUGCCCCUUGUACAAAGUGCCAAGGACUUGAAGGAAAUCCUCUGCACUGCAGCAGCAUUCCUGCAAGGGCUGCAGGAGCUGGAGGCUGGGAACUUCCCCACCGCCCUUUCCCUCCUUCAGGAAGCUGCAGGAGGAUUCUGCUCCAAGAAUAUCCUGGCCCAGAUCUACACGUGCCUGGGCUGCUGCGCUCAGCGAAUGGGCAAGCCUCACACAGCCCUUCAGCACCUGAAACGGGCUCUCCAGGUAGAUUUCCAGUGCCUUCCUGCCCUGUCCCACGUGGCAGCAGUGUACCAUGACCUGGGAGAGACCAAUGCAGAGCUGCAGGCCCUGACCCUACUCUAUGAGGCUCUGGGAAAAAGCCCUCCAGGAGCUGCUUCCUCUAGUCCCUGUUUCAUAAUGCGAACAGAGCUGCUUGUCCACACACCAGUACUCACUUCCCUCCUUCGCCAUGGCCACCCCUCUGAAGUGAAGUACCUUCUGGCACAGCGGUGUCUCCAGGAUGGGAGGGUGGCUGAUGCAGUAGAACAUUACCUGGAUUUUCUGUCUCUCCUUCAGGAGGGGCUGCAGCAGCAGGUGCCCCUGGAUGGUAGCUCAGUUCUGCCCAGGAUCCCAGAGGUGUUCCUGGAAGCGGCAUCUGCCUUGGAGCAGGCUGGGAGGCACCAGGAUGCCAUAACUGUGUGUGAGGAGGUCAUCAGCCGGACAACUGACCUCAUUCCACGGGUGUUACGAGUGGAGGAGAGACUGGAGCAGCCGGAGUCCUCAUUGCCAGGGGCAGAACUGGCAGGUAGACUCCUGUCCCAGAAGAAGGAGAGGCUGUGCUGCCUUGCCUGGAGAGCAGCUGGAUACCUGCACCAGGGCUGGGCAUGGGCCAAGCUGGGCGAGAGCAAGGAAUCUGUAACACAGUUCAGCAGGUGCCUCAGUGAUCUCCUGCGUGUCCAGUUUCAUGAGUCUGGUGCCAAAAGCACAGAGAACCUCCAGCCAGAAGUGGAGGUGCUCCAGAAGAUCAGGUUGCUCUCUCUCAUGGGGCGAGGUAUGCAGUUCCUGGAGCUGGGGAGGAACAAAGAAGCCCUGUUGGAUUUCCAGCACAGUUUGCAGAUCUCACCAGGUAACAGGCUCAUUUUGGCGAGGAACACAAGGGAUUUCCACAAAUUUGUCCUGGGCUGCUUUGCUGUAUUCAGCAGGAAGUUCUUUUGCUUUGUACCACAUUUAUUCAGGUGUCAAGGAACAACAGUAGGGCCACUAGCAAUGUUACAUACUAGAGAUACUUCUGUGGGGCCUGGUCAGCUCACUGCCAUGGAGAAACAGACCAAAACUAUUGUCAGAGGGAUUAAUCAGAACCUGACAACAACCUGUGCCCUCAGAUAGCUUGGAAAUUUCCUGCCUCAACCCCAGCUUGGCAGCAGCAGGUACAGUGGCGAGGUGGUGGGCACAGCAUCACUCUGACAAGAGGCAGUUGUCCCAGGGUACAGCCAACUUUCUUGCAGACAUGUCUGCUUUCCCACAACAGAGGAGUGGAGCUGUGCUUCACCUGAGGAAGCAGCAUGUCCAUGCCUGCCAGUACAGCAGCCUGCAAAGGGAGCAUUCCUGUCUUGAGCUCAGCCAAAGCACAGCUAGUUCUGCUGACAGGGGUGCUCUCUCCUGUUGAGUGCCCUGACAUGCUGAAGAGGUGUGAGCUUCACCAGGAUCUGUCAGACCUGCUGGUCCCAGUCCUGCUGGUGGCUGCUCCCUCUGGGGGUGUGGAGGUGCCUGCAAGGAGAAGCCCAGUCUGUGUCCAAAGAGGUGUGGCAGGCUGUGUCCCAGGGCUGAUGCCAUCUCCCAGUCUUGGGGUUAAUUAGAGCCUGUGAUAAAGCCAGGACAGCCUCCUCCCCAUUACACCACCUCCCCGUACACUCAUUGACCUCGUCUGGCUUCUGAGCUUCUUUUGUAAUGUCCUGCAACCCACAGCAGUGCUGACAACCUCCUCUGCUCUUCCUCUGCUAAGGGCUGAUCCUUCCUGUC